GAAAAGAAAAGAAAAACAACAACUUUCAGUUCCAAAACAACAACAGAAUCGACACUAGUAUCUAGGAAUCCGAAAAUGGGUAUUUGUAGUUCGUGCGAUUCAACACAUGUAGCAACGGCUAAGCUGAUACUUGAGGACGGAAGGUUACAAGAGUUCCCUUAUCCAGUUAAGGUUUCUUAUGUAUUGCAAAGGAACCCAAUGUGUUUCAUCUGCAACUCAGAUGAAAUGGAAUUCGGUGACGUCGUAUCAGCUAUCGAGGAAGAGGAGGAGCUUCAACCCGGUCAACUUUACUUCGCUUUGCCCUUGACUUGGCUUAAACAUCCUUUACAAGCCCAACAGAUGGCCGCGUUGGCCGUCAAAGCUAGCUCUGCUUUAAUGAAAAGUUCUAGGGCUGAAAAAUCCGGCUCUAGACGUAAAACUGUUAUUCCUUCAGCGUUCUCCGACGACUCUCCUCGCCGGAAAGUUGCCUCCCCCCUCAGCGGUGAUGGUGAUGAGAAGAGAGGGAGGAGAAAGUUCAGGGCUAAACUGAGUGAUAUUGCUGAAUAGGGAGGGGGUCAUUUUGGGAAAUAACGGUGAUAUGUUUGUAAAUAUAUAUGAGAUUGAGUUUAUUUUUUGUCAGAUUACUGGUGGAAAAUAG